UUGGGACUCGGCACAAAGCCACAACCACGCAAUCCUCCCAAGAAAGAGGAAGCUCCUCUGGCCACAAAGGCCUCCCUCGCCCUUGUCUCUCUGCCUCAUUCUCCCCUCAGAGCAGCUCUAGGCCAAUCAGGAGCCGCCCAGCGCCCGCCAUUUUGGGCCUUUUAAACCUUUAUGUACAUCAUUCUGGGCGCACGCGGAGGAUGCUGGGAAGGUGUCAUGUCCGCCGCCAGACUGGGCCUUUUUGGGGGAAAACUUGAAAGAUGCUUAUUGCAACAUGGAGAAAAAAUCAUAUGAUGGGAAAACUGAUCAUAUGCAAAAGUUGAUCUUUCCAACUUUGUUUCUCCUUCUGGUUGUACUGCUUGUGAACUUGCUCCUCUAUCAAUACUUCAGCGAUGUGUAUUUUUCCUAUGGCCAGACCAAUGUUGAGCACAAUUUGUGUCCACAUGGUUACUUCAGAUUAGGAACCCUGAAAAACUGUACACCAUGGUUGUCUUGUGAGGCCAUAAAAAGAGAAGUCCGCAAACUGAAACGUGUUGGUGAAGGGGCUGUGAAAAGGGUCUUUCUUUCUGAAUGGAAGGAAAACAAAGUCGCCCUUUCUCAGCUGACUAUGCCAGAACUGCAAGAGGACUUUACUCAUGGGCUUCACAUGCUGAAAUCUCUACAAAGCAAGUAUGUGGUCAAACUACUUGGAUAUUGUGAAGAAGAGUUUGUGGUUCUUACAGAGUACCAUCCAUUUGGUUCCCUGAAGAAUUUGAAUGAGAUACUGAAUCUUCCAAAAUACAAGCACUUGAACACAUGGUAUAACAGGUUCCUGCUGGCCAUAGGCUAUGUGAGCAUCAUCCACUACCUGCACUAUAGUCCUCUGGGCACUUUUGUGAUGUGUGACUCUAAUGACUUGGAUAAAGUACUUUCACAAUACUUGUUGACAAGCAACUUUCAUGUUGUUGUGAAUGACUUGGAUGCCCUGCCUCUUGUGAAUAAGGAUGCUGGGGAACUGAUUAAAUGUGGUCAUCGGGAGCUGCAAGGUGAGUUUGUUGCUCCUGAGCAGCUUUGGCCCUAUGGAGAGGAAACCUCCUUUGAAGACAGCCUCAUGCCUCCAUAUGAUGAAAGGACAGACAUAUGGAAAAUCCCUGACGUUUCCAACUUUCUCUUAGGAGAUGUUGAUGGGAGUGAUCUUGUCAGGUUUCACCUCUUUGACAUUCAUCUGGCAUGUAAGAAAAGCCCAGCUGAAAGACCAUCUGCACAGAUAGUUCUUGACAAAUAUAGGAAAGUGCUAGCAUUACUUGUUAGAGAAACAGUGAUGCCAAGUACAAGGGACAUGUUAUAAAAAAAAAUACUCAUUGACAUGUUUUGGUACCAUAACAAGAACUGGGUAUAAUUUGCACUUGGCUCUAAUUUGAGACAGAAAUAUAAAUUGUGAAACUUUAAAAUUAAUUCUUUAAAAUGUCUCAAAGGGAGCGAGAGGAAAGUAGUAUAUAUUCUGUUUGUAAAAUUGCUAACUUCUUUCUAAGUUAAGUUGACACAGAUGUGUUAAAAGCAUAGCUGUGAUGAAAAUAUUUGACAGAGUUAA